CAGACGUCAGAGCGGAAUUCAAUUUCUAAAGGACUUUCGUGGUUCACAUUACGGCCUAUAGAUGCUCCAGGGAAAAAUUACCAGUCAUUAUUUAGUCCGGUCAACCCAGUUUUAGUGGUACAGAAGUGAAACAAGCCACAGAGAGUCUUACCACUGAGUCCCACCUCCUGGCCAACUUUAGCCCCUGUCUCUUUUGUUUUUAUUCCUGUAAAAUAUAGCAGUGGUGUAAUUGCCCACACAUGGAAAUGAUAAGCCUGUCUGCCAUUGUUUCCCAAUUUCUCUGCUUACUUCAGGGAGGUGUUGUUAAGAUAUACUUUUCGCUGAUUUGAUUUGUCGCAGCACAAUGCCGCCUGAAAAGUUUUUCUAACUUCAUUUCAUUCAUUUUUUUCUAUGUUACAGAUGAAGUGAACAUUCUGGAAGAGCUUUCUUUACAUGUGUCCGGCAGCAACAAUGUCUCAGUGUUGAUGGAAGACAACAGGUGUCCAGUCCUGCAGGUGGGGCAGUACUCCACCUUGGCUCUACCCCUUCAAGAACUCUUCACUGAUGGCUUUUCAGAAGAAUUUAGUUUGCUGCUUCAGCUACAGAGUUCUCAGAAAGAAGAACGCAGCGUUGUCACUGUGCUGGGCCUCAGCGGACACAUCACACUACAGCUACGGAUCAGUGCCUCCUCCAUCAUUGUGACUGGAGCCCAGCAACGACACUAUGAGUUUCCAGUCAGCGGUCUUAGUGACGGAGGGUGGCACCAUUUGGCCAUCAGCGUGUCGACCAGGCAACUGGCUGUGUACGUAGACUGUGCUCUGCUGGAGAGCGUGGACUGGAUCUACCAUGGGUUUAGACUUGGCUCAGAUGGACUGUUGGUGAUUGGUGGUAUCACCGAUGGUUCAGAGACGACCUUUAAAGGUCAACUCAGACAACUGCUCAUUUUGAUGGAUGACCCAGGUGCUGCCCGGCUGCACUGCAGCCACCACCAAGCCCGCUGCCCUGAGGAGUCCCCCAAGACUCCCCGUUCCCCACGCACCAACAUGCUGGAGAACCUACUGCUCUCCUCAAAUGACCUGGAGAACCUACUUUCUAGUCCAGAGGACGAGACUCUGCUGAACGUCCGCAGAACUAAUGCGUUUCUACGUCGUGGAAGUUCCAGAGGGGAUGGGACGAUGCUAACAGGACCUAACCGGAAAGGGUCAGUGGUUCGUGGCGAUUUAUUUGUGGUGGAUGAAGACACAGAGUUAUUGGAUCGGAUCUUGCAGAACGGUGACCAGAGGAAACAGUCAAGAAACGGAGGAAACCAGAAGGAGACGUCUUCCAAAAAUCUGGAGGAGAACAUCACCACGGAAAAAAAACUUGAUUCAAAUGGAAGGACUGCAGUUCUGUUCCCAGGAAAACCCACUGAUGAUAUUAUUGACCUGGAUACAGCAGGCACAGAAAAGAAGCCCUCGUCAGUGUUUCCUGGACCCUCUAAAAUCCCUUCGCUGCCAAGAACACCUGCAGAUGCAGAGGAAACAAAAGAACAGACAGAAAGUCAGACAAGGACUAAUGUUUUAAUCUCUGUCAGUGAGCUGGACGCAGAGAAGCCCAGUAUGGUGACUAUCAUAUCUGUAGAGCAGGACCUGGUCCGGAGCUCCGAUGGUAAGAUGUACCGACUGAAGAGGGGACCACCGGGCCCAGCAGGUGAUCCAGGCCCUGAGGGCUGUCCCGGUGACCCUGGUCUGCCUGGGUUCAAAGGUGACAAGGGAAAAACAGGGCUGGAAGGCCGACAGGGGAAAAAAGGGGAACAGGGACUUCCUGGGCCUGCAGGUUUGCCAGCCCUGUACCUGUGGAAGAACACUGCUGAGGAAUGGGCUGCUUUCCAGCAAACCAACUUCUACCAGUUGCUUCGUGCUGGUUGGCCUAGUCAAGAAGGUGUUCCGGGACCCCAUGGAGAGAUGGGCAGGACAGGCAUACGGGGCCCUGCCGGCGAACCUGGUGAUCGAGGACAUCCUGGGGUACCGGGAGAAAUGGGAGAACGGGGUCCCAGAGGUCCUCCUGGCCCAGCUGGGGCCCCAGGCUUGCCAGGUGAAAACAGAGAGGACGGUCAGCCUGGGUCACCUGGAGCUCCUGGGUCACCGGGCCUCUGGGGACACAGAGGGGAACGAGGGCCCAAAGGGGAAAAGGGUGAUGAGGGUCUUGAAGGCCUCAAGGGUCCAAGGGGGGACGUCGGUGAACCUGGUGAGAAGGGUUCGACUGGUUUAUCUGGACGUCCUGGCCCAGUUGGACCAGCAGGCCCUGCUGGGAUUCGAGGUGGCUACGGCUCACCAGGACCAUGUGGACCGGAUGGUGAAGACGGACUGCCUGGUCCUCCAGGUCUUCUUGGGCCACCUAGUGCACCAGGUAUGACGGGACAUGUUGGUGCUCAAGGCGUUAACGGCUCUCGAGGCGACGCUGGACCAGCUGGUACUGUUGGUCACAAAGGUCCACAGGGUCCUCCAGGUUUGGAGGGACAGAUUGGAGCUCCAGGACUUAGAGGAACACAGGGACUGUUAGGACUGAUGGGUGGUCCUGGGCCUAAAGGAGAGCCUGGGCCAGUAGGGCCAAUGGGUGAGCGGGGGGACCCAGGAUUCGAGGGGCCCAUGGGUCCUCCUGGUGUUUCCGGCCCAAUGGGAUUUUUGGGAAAUACAGGACACAGAGGACCAGAUGGAGACAAAGGAGAUCCAGGACCUAAAGGCCAAAAAGGUAUUUGUGGAGCAGCAGGUAUUGGGGGCCCUCAGGGAGAAAGAGGCCCCGCUGGCUUUCCAGGUUUCCAAGGUGCUAAGGGUCAACAGGGUGUCAGAGGAACUGAGGGCCCUAAUGGAGAAGCUGGCCCUCAGGGAAAACAGGGCAGUCGUGGAUCAAAGGGAAACAAAGGACCAGAUGGAAGGAAGGGAAAACCAGGACCGAGAGGGACUAAGGGUCCUUCUGGACAGAGGGGUCACACUGGACAACCAGGCCCUCCGGGUUUCUCAGGCCUAGCAGGACCAGAGGGACCAGAAGGAAAGCCUGGUACACAGGGUUUCUCUGGUGCAACCGGAGCUGCCGGCGGUAAUGGACUGACGGGUUUUCCUGGCAUUGUCGGGGAGUCAGGAGCAGAUGGACCCCCAGGUCCAAUGGGUCCACCAGGGAAGACAGGACCUCCUGGUUUCACAGGACCUCCAGGAGAGAGGGGCUUCAGUGGCAAGUCUGGUGUGGAGGGACCUCAGGGCCCAGUAGGCAUGUAUGGCAUUCAGGGAAAUGGAGGAAUGCGUGGGCCUCCGGGUAUGCCAGGUGAAAGGGGGGAGCAGGGUAUACGUGGAUUACCUGGACCUGUUGGAAAACUAGGACCUCCUGGUCGUCCAGGUUCUCCUGGAGAGAGAGGACUCCCAGGACCUCUGGGUCGACCCGGAGAUGAAGGGACCAAAGGAAUCGAGGGCCCAGCUGGUCCUCCAGGUGUUCCAGGCACCAAUGGAGCAAGUGGAAAACCUGGACCUCGGGGAAUAUGUAAUGAAUGUUUCUUUGGUGGAUCUCCUCAGGGACCACAGGGAGCUGAAGGGUUACCCGGGGAACCAGGGAAAGGAGUAGACAAGGGACCCCCUGGUCCAACAGGUGAACCUGGACCUACAGGACAAGAUGGACAACGGGGUCUACCUGGCCUGUCCGGAUUGGAGGGUCCACCAGGACAGAAAGGAGACCAGGGUGACCCAGGGCCUCAUGGGAAACCUGGUCCUCUAGGGCCUCUUGGAGAAAGAGGACCUGAGGGUCUGAAAGGCUCACAGGGACCACCCGGAGAAGCUGGAGUGGAGGGUGAUGUAGGACUUCCUGGGGAACCUGGAGACUCUGGUCUCAAAGGGGAGAAGGGGGAGGUGGGGCCUCCUGGUCUGUCUGGACAUGAAGGCUCCUGGGGAGCCCUUGGAGACAAUGGAGAGAGGGGUCCAAAAGGAGAGAAAGGCCACAUUGGGCUCAUGGGUGAGCCAGGGCUGAUGGGUAAAUUAGGUCCUGCCGGUCUGGCUGGUUUACAGGGAAGCACCGGCCCACCUGGACCUGUUGGACCGGAUGGUCCUCAGGGUCAGAAGGGGGAGUCUGGGACUUUAGGACCUAUUGGGCCACCUGGUCCAGGUGGACCACAGGGAAUCAAGGGUGUCCGUGGUGUUAAAGGAGACACAGGAAGAGUUGGACCGACUGGACCAGCAGGACUAGCGGGUCCACAAGGAGACCAGGGGAAUAAAGGGGAACUAGGCCCACCUGGACUAAAGGGAGACCCCGGUGCUCCAGGUCCACCUGGAGAGCAGGGGGAGGAGGGUCUCUCUGGAGUUCAAGGUCCUCCAGCUCUCCCAGGGUUGGAGGGGCCUCCUGGGGAGAUGGGACCACAGGGUCCUCCAGGUGCAAUGGGCGCAGAUGGAGAACCAGGCAAACCAGGGUCUGAGGGGAAACCAGGUGAAAAUGGAGAGAAGGGGGAUGAUGGUCUGAGUGGAUCUCCAGGGAGGCCUGGUCUGACUGGCAGGAGGGGUAAACGGGGGAGGGCUGGACUUCGAGGAACACGAGGAGAGAGAGGACCAAAGGGAGAAAAAGGCGAAACAGGACCAGAGGGUGUCCAUGGUUGGCCAGGUCUUAUUGGAAUCCCUGGGUCACGUGGAGAGUCAGGAGAAAACGGUGAAAAAGGAAAAGAGGGAGAAAAGGGUGACAUGGGAGUGCCAGGACCACCUGGAGGUGAUGGCACAAAGGGAGUCCGUGGUUCUGUUGGAUUACCAGGUCCAGGUGGCCCAAAGGGAGAACAGGGGAGUAUCGGUCCCUCAGGGCCAAGAGGUCAACCAGGGAUGCCUGGUCUGCCUGGUCUGUUUGGAUUAAAGGGUUUGAAAGGGUACCCUGGUUCUCCUGGUCAACCUGGAAGGAAGGGCCUCCCGGGACCUCCAGGUGUUCCUGGACCUCCUGGAGUAUCACUGAACAUUACUCUGACUCAACUCAAGGACCUGAUGUACCUGUCAGACAAACCCAACUACCCUCUGAUCCAGACUGUGCUGGACUCUCUGCAGCAGGAACUGCGCCUGCUGCUGGAUCCUCCAGAUGGCAGUAAAGAGCAUCCAGCCACGACCUGUCUUGAGCUGUGGCUGUGUCGCCCUGAGUACAGCAGCGGAAUGUACUACAUUGAUCCAAACCAGGGCAGUGUUGCUGACGCUCUGCUGGUAUACUGCAGCUUUUCCUCCAUCUCUGUCCAGACCUGCCUCCACCCUCGGGAUUCACAGCUGCCAAUUAAAGCUUGGAUGAAGGAGAUGUCAGAGGACGGAACGUUUGAGUGGCUUAGUCAGAUGGAGGAGGGCUUUCAGUUCUACUAUCCAGGAGCUAAUGUGGUCCAGAUGAGGUUCCUGAAGUUACACAGCAGCACCGCGAUCCAGAAGGUGACCUACUCCUGCCACCCGGGACACGAACUGGGUGAGACAGACAGAGACGUCAAAUUCCUCACUGACACCAGGAAGCAGAGUUUUCUGGGUUCUCUCAAAGACUGUGUGCCUGCAGAGGGCGCUGUUUCCAACCUUCAGGAGUCUGUGUUUGAGUUUGAGGACCUUCACCUCCUUCCUCUCAGAGACUUGGCUCUAAUGUCAGGAGGAAACAGCGACACCUAUCCCUUUGGCUUCACUGUGGGUCCAGUGUGUUUCAGCUAGAGGUGCCAAAGAGUGUGUCGCCCCAGAAGACUCACAUUGUCCAGGGACACACACCUUGGACACGGAGAGGAGAGCGGGGAAAAAAGGAAAACGGUUCUUCCUUCUCUUCCUCUUGUAUCAUGUUGACUGAGUGACUCCUCAUCGGUGACUCUAGGAGGACACCAGGGCUUGUCCUCACAGAGAAGUCACAUCUGUUUACAGAGACAUUUAUCUCACAAUGAAUAAUUUAAAAAUGUACUUUUUUUUUGUAACCUUUUUGUUAUAUAUUCGGGGCUCGUUUGUAAGAGCAGGCCAUUUCAGUGGCUCUAAAGGGAUAGUUCAGGUUUUUUUCUUCAACCUUGUUCAUCUCAGAGACAGUGCUGCUCUUUCCUUUUGUUAAGGUGAUGUUCACACAAGAACCUCAGAGAAAGUUAAUUGUGUCGGUGUCACACGCAGAUCCAGCUGCCAAAAAACAUCGAGUGUGGUUUUAACAAUGUGUCCUGGACGGGAAUACAGCUCCUGUCCUCUCAUUGGUUAAUUUCUCAUAUCUGGUGCUAAUCAAAUACAAUAAUUCAAAAAAAGUCAGACAUGUAAAUUUGCAGUACAUACAGUCCUAUCAGUAGUACAGUGCUCUUUCUUAAUAUUGUACUUCACAUCUCAGGUACAUUAUAUUAUAUGUGGUGUCGGUCAGUUUAUGUUUAGCAGUAACAGGACAGGAAUAGUUUAGAAUCCUGGUUCUAUAGUAUGCUGGAACAGUUGGAUGUUUUAUAGUUGCCAAGAUUAGAAAUCCAGAUGGACACGUCAAGGGAAAGACAUUAAUAAGCCCACUACGAAACAGACAGUUCUGCUUUAUAUAAGACUGUGAGAAAGAGCAACACAAAAUAUUUUAAAAAAACAAAGAUGACAAAAUGUCCUUUAUAAAAUAAAACUACAGCUUUUACUUGGACGUAGUGACUCGUUGACUUCUGAAGAUUCAGCCACAGUCAGUGUCGGCACUGAAAUAAAACAGUGAGAUCCUGUUUUGGUCCUUCAAGGAAAGCACAAUGUUGACGCAUUUUUAAGCUAAUCAGUAGAUAAAUAAAAAUGGAAUUGGUUUGGUUUAAAAAAAAAAAAACACCCCCCAUGGGUCAUUUCCUGUAAUCCCCAUCGAUAUAAAAUGUCUUAAUUAAUCAACUGCGUCUUUGAUUAACUUUUUUUGCUGUGGGAGGGGAGGUGUCUUGUUAUCUUUAUCUGUUUCUUUUUCUUCUUUUUUUUGUCAGUAUAUUGCCACUACAAAAAUCCUGAAUUAUCCCUUUAUCGUCAGGGUGCAGACUCAGAUUGAAGGAUUAAUUCAGUUCACUUCUGUUAUUGUCUUGUAAAACAAACGUGUCUGCCCACAGAGCAACACUGUAAUUAUUUGUUUUAGUGUACUGUAAAGGUCUUUUACAUCUUUUCAGCCGUGAAGUGAAAGCACCAGAGUCACCAGCACUUUUCUGAUGGAAGAAGAAAAAGUGCCCGGUCCUACAGUUCCUGCUCUACACUGAGUAAUUGCUCCUGGACGUUGAACUCACCGGUACUUCAUCUAAUCAGAGAAGUGCUUGUGUCCAGAGAAAGUGCUCACGGCCUCGUAGCUUCUCAACAGAAUCUGGAUUUCAGCAUUUGUGUCUCAGAGCCACAGUCAGCAGUGGUGCAGUGGAAACAGUAACUUCUCAGGGAGUGUGUUCUUAGCUUCAUAUUACCUGCCUCUUUAAACUGUAAAAAAAAAACAAAAA